CAACGCUGGUUCUGAUUUCUUGUUUGUUUAUCAAACAUACAUGCGGUUAGCGAUUGUGUCUAGAAUAGAUUUGUUUUCAUUAUUUCUAGUAAAGGAAAACUAUGGAACUUGAAUCAACAUUACAGGAAUCUAAUGAGCCGAAAACACUUGUAGACAACUCGUGUCAGAUACCGGUGGAGGGUUCUAAGAAUCCUGCUACUGUCAAGGAGAACGAAUAUGCCUAUCUUGCAGCUACUGGUUUCACAUCCGAGCGGUUCAAAAUUGAAGUUAGAAAUUUACCUAAGCACUAUGGAAUACAUGAAUUUAAAAAAUUACUGAACAUUAAACUUGGCCUCGCUACAAACAAAAUAAAAAUUAUACGUCCGGGAUGUCCAUUUCUGUUCGUUUGCUUUCGCGAUGAAAUUGAAAGACAUACUGCUAUCAAAGCGCUCAACGGGUUCGUUUGGAAAGGAAAAACGCUUCAAGCAUUCGAAGCCAAACCGGCACCAGAUCCAUUGGUGAAACGACGGAAUGAGGCUUCAGGUGUGCAUGGAACCAUUAGUGCAAAGAAACGCAAAACGCUAGAGGAAACCGUCACUGCUUUAGCGCAUCUCAGUUACGAGGAUCAGCUUAUGCAGAAACAAUCGGAAGUGAGAAAUAUAUUGAGCUCUUUCGGUAGUUUGAUUUGGAAAACCUGUCCAUCGUUGAGGGGUCACGUGGAAAAACAACGUCAGAAAUACGAUGGCUUGCCUUGUAAGUUGGAAGAUAUUCGAAAGUCUCCUCAAGUCAAUGGAUAUCGAAACAAGUGUGAGUUUUCUGUUGGAAAAAAUGAGGAAGGCGAAACACGGGUUGGUUUUCGAGUAGGUAGUUAUUCCAACGGAUUCAUUGAAGUAGAAUCGCCGGAGAACUUGAAAAAUAUUUCGGAUCAAAUGAAGGCUACCGUGAAACUUUUUGAAGAGUAUGUUCAACAGUCAAAAUAUGAAGCAUACAGCCCGGAAACAUAUUUGGGACAUUUCCGACAGUUGACUAUCAGAACAUCCAGUUCUACCGGUGAGGUAAUGGUUGUUGUGGGAAUUCAUCAGCAAUCACUUAAUACGGAAGAGCUGAAAGCUUUUCAGGAAUCUAUUGUCUCGUGCUUCACCUCAGCGAGAGCCAAAGAAAUCGGCAUCAAUUCGAUAUAUUUUGAACGAAUAGAAAAGUGCAAACCAGGUCAUAAUGUGAAUCAGAUUGAACAUUUGUAUGGAGAAACUCACAUUGUGGAUUCGAUUCUUGGACUCAAAUUUCGUAUUAGUCCGUUAGCAUUCUUUCAAAUUAACACACCUGGAGCCGAAGUCCUUUACAAAUGUGCAAUAGACUUGGCAGAAGCUACCGAUAAAACAUCUAUUCUGGAUAUUUGUUGUGGAACAGGAACGAUAGGAAUAUGUUUUGCAAAACAUUGUAAACAAGUUCUGGGAGUCGAAAUUAUCGACCAAGCCAUUGAAGAUGCUAAGUAUAAUGCUGAAUUGAAUGAAAUAAAGAAUUGUGAAUUUUUCUGUGGCAAUGCUGAUGAUUUAAUUACUUCUUUGAUCAAAAAAGCAAAAAUUCAGAAUGAAGAAAAUUUAGUCGCGAUCGUUGACCCUCCAAGAGCCGGACUACAUGUUCGAUCGAUUACACAAUUGCGGAACGCCCAAGGAUUGAAUCGUCUGGUUUAUGUGUCUUGUUCGCCACGAAGUGCCAUCAAGAACUGGAUCGAUUUGAUACGUCCUUGUUCGAAAGCAAUGCGAGGUGCGCCUUUUGUGGCCAGGAAGGCUUUACCGGUCGACAUGUUUCCACAUUCACCACACGUUGAAUUGGUUAUCGUGUUUGAGCGUGAUCCGGAACAGGAAGCGCAUGAACAACCGACCGAUGAAGUAACAGAAGAGCAGCCAAAUAAUGAUAACGAAGAAAAUGCGUUGGACGAUUCCCAGGUUGAAGCAAAAUCGGAUGUUGAAGAAGCUUUGUAGGAACAUUAUUUAAGUCAUAUUUAACUAUCAAAGGUUUAAUUCAAUACAUAAGUUUCAAAUUUGGUCAAUUAAUUGGAUUGUUUCAAUGAACCAUAUUUUCUUUCAAAUGAAAUUAA